AUCAUUGUUUAUGUUGUCGUCUGCAAAAGUUGUGUAGUGUACACAUAAUAGUAAGGUCUAAGGUUACAAUAUCGGGGAGAGUUGGAAGUGAUAUUACAAUAUGGCAUCAUUAACACACAAAUUAAUUCUUUCGUUUGGAUUGUUAUCGUUAUUACAUGCGGCGUACUCUGCUGCACAACAUCGUUCAUACCUUCGAAUCACUGAGCAGGAGUUUGUCACCUUGCCAUUUGAUAUAAUGAUACAAGGAAUUGUGAGUCUCUUUGUGACAUUAUAUGGUGUCUUACAUAUAGCUGGAGACUUCAAGGAAAUAAGAGCCACAGUUGAUCUGGAGAAUAAAUCUUGGGAAACUCUGAGAAAUAUACCUUCAUUUUAUGUGUUUAGUCACAGAGGAAAAGCUUUGUCACCAAAUUAUGUGCCACCAAUACAAAAAUCUGCACUUGAAGAGCCACAGUCAUGAUUUUAGAAAUGGAUAUAUUUCAAAAGUGAAGGAAAAUAUGUGUUUUGCACGUUUGUCUUUCACUAUUUCAGUAACUAAUCAUUAUCCAUUCCUUUUUCAUCUGCAGAAUAAUGUCUGACAAACUUUUUAUUAAAUAUGUUCGCAAUACUAUUCAGUUAACAUUUGAUUUCAGAGUAUUUUAACAUCACGUUCAAGAAAGUUGAAUUGAGGAGCGCACAUCAAUUUGCAGUGUUGAAUAGCAUUUAUUGAGUUGCUAUAAUGAAUGUAGUAGACCUUUGAAGUUUAUACUUUAUUAGUUAUUCUCAUAUAUUGAGUUGUGUGUAGCAUAAGAUUUUGAAUCCUGGCAAUCUUGCUGCAGGCAGAGAGAAACCAACAUGCUGCAAAUAAACUUUUUGGAAGUGAAAGAAAAGAUAGUGUUGUAAAAGAUUAUUCAUUAUCUGUAUUCCUGCAUUCAUAAUAAGUAUGAAAGCAGGCAUUUUAGGAACAGCAGCAAUGGUGCAAUGAAAAUGAUUGCGUUCAGAGUUACUUAAUGCUAGGAGAGGUGUUUAGGAAUGGGAAAACACACACACACCUCAUGUCAUCACCAUCUCCACAAGCAAACUCUGUAUGAAAUAAAGCAAAAUAUGCCAGGCAAGAAGUGCGUCACAGAAAAAUUGUGAAUCUACAAAUAGUUAUCAAAAGGUCAAACAUCAGUGAGGUUUGCUGAUGUCUUAUUUGAGCUGUGAGAUAAUGUUUUAUGAACAUUUUACUUAUCUGUUGGAAUUAAAAUGUUGUAUUAUAUGACAAAGAGACUAGUAAAAACAAAAAAUUA